CUACAUUAUCUAGGAGACGGCCCUCAAAAUGCUACCCUACCCACUGCUAUCCGUCUCUCCUGAGGCUACAUUUUACAAAGCUACAAGAAGCAUCCACCAGACUUCUCAUGACGCCCUUUACGUUACCACUUUUCCGUCUAAUUCUCACUUCUUUCCUAAUCCCUCUUUCCUACUCGUGCAUUUUUACAAUAACAAACGAUUGCCCUUAUACCAUAUGGCCCGGUACCCUAGCAGGCGCAGGCAACCCGCAACUUGCAACUACUGGAUUCCGCUUGGAUUCUGGUCAAAGUGUGAGCAUUUCAAGUGUCCCAGGGUGGUCAGGUCGGAUAUGGGCAAGGACAGGAUGCACAUUUGACGGCUCUGGAAAUGGCUCCUGUCAAACUGGGGAUUGCGGGGGUAGGCUGGAAUGCGUAGGCAAUGGUGCUACUCCACCAGCGUCGCUCUUUGAGAUAACCCUUGGCACAGGCAAUGUCAAAGAUUACUAUGACGUCAGCCUCGUCGACGGCUACAAUUUGCCUCUUGUUGCCGCACCCGUUGGAAUCCACGGUGCAUGUAAUGUCACUGGCUGCGUUUCAGAUGUCAACAUGGGUUGCCCAAAGGAACUUCAGGUGGUAGGCGACGAUGGUGGAGGAGGAGGUGUGGUUGCUUGUAAAAGUGCUUGUGAGGCCUUUGGACUGGACCAGUACUGUUGCGGCGGGGAGUUUGCCAACCCAACCACAUGCCGACCAUCCUUUUAUUCAACCAUUUUCAAACGAGCAUGUCCAAGGGCUUAUAGCUACGCUUUUGAUGAUGGCACCAGCACUUUCACAUGCAAGGCUUCUGAUUACGCCAUCAUCUUCUGCCCCACUGCCAACCGGAUCGAGACGCCUGAUGGGGCAGACACAGCUUCUGUGAUUCCCAAGCCCAGUAAUGGGGAGACAAUGAAGCUGGUUUCCUCCUCAAACUUUCUCCGACCUCUUCCAUUGCUGUUCCUUCUCUUCAUCCUCUAUUUAACCUAAUGAACAUAGAUGGAAUCUUAAUCUGCCUUGCUAGAGUAAAGCAACUCCACUGAACACCUUGCAUCGUUCGGAAUGGUGAAGAACCUCACAAAUCCUGCACGGAGAGUUGGACUAUUGCAGAAGAGCACCAAGUGCUAUUUCAAUUCUCCUGGAAAUGAAUCCUUUUGCCAGAAUGAAGUUGAAAUAGUUUAUUAGUGUUCCUAUUGUAGAAACAGCAAAUUGGACCAUGUCUUGGUAUGAAAAACAUAAACAAAUGUAAAAUAACCUUCUUCCAAAAUAAGAUUCAUAAGCUACAUUGAUUAAA